AUGUCGGAUCAUACGGCUUCGCUGGAAGAGUCGCAAGCGGCUCGCUUGCCCGUUGGCUACCGCGACUCGUGCAGCGCGUACGUUGAGAAACAAACUUACGCUAGCUUGCUGAUCCCCCUGAACAAGUGCCGACGGAGCACGUUGUAUGCGCCAUGGAAGUGUGAAGAGGAGCGCCACACAUAUGAGAGUUUCUUGCAGCGCCAAAAGAAGCUGCGGCAAAUGGUCGCAGAGGCCGCGGCCGCUGCUGAGGACGACUAG